AGCUUCGGACCAAGCCCGGCCGCGUGAGAGCACUUCCCCAGCGCCCCGCCCGGCAGCGUACCUGGCCGCCGGCCCCGGCGGCCAUGCAGUGGCAGCAGCAGCUGGGCGGCGGGCUCCCCCAGGAAGCGGCCGCGCGGGGCCAGGAGGCCAGCGGGCGCGCGGCUCUCACCACACCGUCGUUCGUGUGCACGGAGGCGCUCGGCCGAUCGGUCGCGGAGCUCCCACUGGUGGCCAGGACUCUGGCCAUGGAGUCGCACUGGCAGGUGCUCGGCCGCAAGCACCAGCGCGGCUUCUUUGAGAAGCUGCUCGGAUCGAAGGAUGGCGAGCGGUUCCUCGCGUGCGUGUCCCGAUCGCACCUGCAGGUGGACGCGGGCAAGUGUCCUGGCUCCCUCGAGGUGACGAACCUCAGCAUCAACCCCGUGAUUGUGGCGGGCCUUCGCAUAGAUCAGGGCUGCUGCGCGGUGGCGAAGCCCGGGGACACGGUGGACUUCAUCGCGGGCGGCCCUCCGGGCGAGGCAGAGGCGAGCGCCAGACCUGGCGAGCCCGUGGUGUACCUCCGCUUCCGAGUGGAGCAGGGCGCCGUGGCCGCUGCGGCAGGGGCGGCCGCCGGGCUGGAGGCACGCACCCGCCGCGGCUGCGAGGAGCCGGAGGAGGACGAGGCUCCCAGCGCCAGAGGCCCCUUCUGGCUCAUGCUGAGCGGCACCGCUGUCCGCGAGGGCCUCGAGGCCCGCCGGCGGCGCGUCGAGGGCAGCGCAGAGGGCCUGACCGUGGGCCGCGCGCACCAGACCGCGGUCCAUGCCGACGCGUUCACCGCAGAGGUGGUGCAGUACAUCAGCCGGGACCACUUCCGCGUCGAGCGCUGCUCGGACACGGGCGAGUGGAGGCUGCGGGCUUUGACGGCCAACCCCAUCUGGCACGUGCGCGCCGGGAAGCGCCUCCAGCUGACGAGGGAGGCGCCGCCGCUGAAGCACGGUGGCGGAUCCUGCGGGGACUCCGUGCUGCUGUUCACAGGGGCGAGCGACAAGACCCCCGACGGGCCGGGCAAUCUGGGCAGUCUGCGGUGGAUCUUCCGGGCCGCUGCCGAGCAGGCUGCUUCCCCUGCGCUUCCCUCUGCUGCCGGUGCGUGACGUCGGCCGCCGAUCACUGGAAUUAGACGUGUCGCGAGCUCGCGCCUGGCGCCUUUCGCGCACGCACGUGCCCCCCCCCCCCCCCCCCCCCGCCCCCCCCCGGU